AUGGCGGUUGAUAAUCAACAGGCAGCAAUAUCCCGAACAAUCAAGGUCGGCGAUCGGGUAACCUGGCUCGAAGCCUUGAAAACAGAUCGGCCCAUCCUGGUCCACCUCAACGCCGACACAACAUGGCUCAUUCAACUACCGUACCCACAGCAUGCAGCGGCCCCUACGGGACGGAAACGAUUCAACAUCCUUAUCGACCCCUGGCUCCAGGGUCCGCAGUCUGACGUUUCGUCUUGGUUUUCCACGCAAUGGCACGUCGUUGAGCCCAGCGUGAAGACCAUGGCUGAGCUCAACUCUCUUCUGGCCAGCCUUGAAACCGGACCCGACGACACUCAUGAGACUCAAAAGUCAUACAUAGAUGUAGUAGCUAUUUCGCAUGAGUUCACGGACCAUUGCCACCAAGCCACACUAGAGGAACUCCCAGCAUCGACGCCAGUAUUCGCAACUGAGAAAGCCGCGGACCUGAUCCGCACAUGGAAGCAUUUUGAGUCUGUAACUACAACCCCUGGAUUCUCUUCGUCAACAACAGAUUGGAAAUCGACUCUGAGCAUCGCGGGACUGCCGUCUUGGGUUGGCAUCGGGCGAGUGAUUACCGCCGGGAACGCUUUGUAUUACCAUUCUGCUGUCAUGAUCGCGUUCGACCUCGGCAAACCAGAGACAGUUCUGUACUCGCCCCAUGGCAUACAAGCAUCAGACCUAUCUCCAAUUCGCGACGCUGGGUUCUCUACUCUGGCUUUGCUUCAUGGUCUCCAUGAUGUCCGAAUUUGGAUGACGAAGCAGUUGAAUUUAGGAGCGUUGAAUGGCCUCAAGGCCGUUGAAGAAACUCAAGCACGUUAUUGGAUCGCCACUCACGACGAAGAAAAGAAGGGUGCUGGCUUUAUUGCCCUCAUGUUGAUGCGAACGCGCUAUACACUAAAGCAGGCCGUGGAGGCUGAGGAGAAACGCAUGGAUGGGAAGGCGCCAGAUUAUGAAUUUGUUGAGUUGGGAUCUGGAGAUGGAAUGCUACUUGAGUAA